AUUUAGCCAAUCCCCGGCAACUAAAAUCUCGAAAGUAACAGUGCAACGCUAUCAAUAGCCUGGAAAGAUCUUUGCAAAUGAGUUUGAUGUCUCCUUUAUUUGUUGUCUUAUCGAUGUGUAAUUCAAAGUGAUACCGAAGAUUAGAGUGCUGUGCAGCAUAUCGAAAAUUGCAAAUUGUAAAUUAGCAUACCAACCGCUGACUGUGUGUCGUUAAAAUGAGGCUAUUUUCAAUGCGAAUGUCCAACGUAAACAAGAUGUUGGAUUUUUACUCCCAGUUUAAUCCGUCGCCACUAAGCAUAAAGCAAUUUAUUGACUUUGGCUUAAAUGCAUGCCCACGAAAGUCGUACAUUUUCCUGAGGAAAGAACUACCUGUCCGUCUGGCGAAUAUAAUGAAAGAAAUCACCCUACUUCCAGAAAGUUUACUUCGAAUGCCAUCCGUAGGUUUAGUCAGCGCGUGGUAUGUGAAAAGUUUUGAAGAGGUGCUCGCCUUCGAGAAAACAGAUCCAUCAGAAAAUAACUUGGAGAAAUUUUGCAAAUCACUCAUACAAAUCCGUGACCGUCACUCCGAUGUUGUUCAAACAAUGGCACAAGGCAUAUUGGAGCUGAAAGAAAGCCGCAACGGAUCUGUUGAAUUGUCCACUGAGCUGUCUAUUCAGUAUUUUCUCGAUCGUCUGUACAUGUCCCGCAUUAGCAUACGUAUGCUUAUCAAUCAGCACACAAUAUUGUUUGGAGAAAUACCACAAACGGGACGACAUAUUGGUAGCAUAGAUCCUUUAUGUGAUCCUCACAUGGUCGUGAGGGAUGCUUACGAAAAUGCUCGCUUUCUAUGUGAUCAAUACUAUCUAGCAAGUCCGGAGCUUGAGGUCGUCGAACAUAACGAAAUAGACAAGGGAAAUUCAAUCAAGAUUGUGUAUGUACCUUCCCACUUGUACCACAUGUUGUUUGAACUUUUCAAAAAUGCGAUGCGUGCCGUCAUGGAACACCACGGAACGGAAGAUGAUGUCCCACCGAUAAAGGUUACAAUAGUGAAAGGCAAAGAAGAUAUCUGUGUUAAAAUGUCUGACCAGGGUGGUGGAAUACCACGUUCCCAAGUGGAUCAACUGUUCAAAUACAUGUACAGUACAGCGCCUCAACCGCCGAAAUCAAAAACCGAUUUACCAUUGGUUCCGCUAGCGGGUUAUGGAUACGGUUUACCAAUAUCGAGAUUGUAUGCUCGUUACUUUCACGGUGAUUUAGUUUUGUUCUCUUGUGAAGGCUAUGGCUCGGAUGCAAUUAUUUAUCUGAAAGCGUUUUCUGAUGAAGCAAACGAAUUACUUCCGAUAUUCAACAAAACAAGCACACGAUUCUACAAAGCAACUGUGCCGACCGGAGACUGGUCGAAUCAGGUAAAGGGUAAAAAGAUUAAGCCUAUAAUUAUAUAAAAGCGCAAACCACCGGCCGUCAUUCACUAAUUGUAAGUGGGUUUAGCAAUUAAAAAAUGUAUAUAUGAAUGAAAAUGAGUAACAGCAAGGCAAACAGCUCGUUUCUUUAAAUAUGCAACAAAGAUGCGGACCAUAAUUUUUUUGUUCCGACAAAGGAUUGUUCCGCAACACCGAAAAAUAAUCAUUGCAAUGAAACUAUGUUGGAAUCACACUGACGCACAGACAAAAUACAACAGUUUCGCAUUAUGUUAUUCUAGAUCGAAUUCUAAUCGAACAAAAUUCUUAUCAUCUGACACAUGGGACAUGGGAUUCUCGUAAACCUUUGUUACAGUGUCCAUUUGUCUUACCUUUGCAACGAUUUUCACUUUUUCUUUUAUUCUAUUAGGGAAAGAACUUUACCAACAGAUUGUUGUAGCGGAAUCUUUAUAUGCAUAACAGCAUAUUGCGUGCAUUGUCGUUUAGUAAUUGCCUAAAGAUGGAUCGCCUACGUUAUGGUCGUUCAUGGAUGCGACCUGCUGCCCUUCUCUGCUUACUGUUCUACUACGCGAUAUUACAAUUAGCAUCUUAACAUGAUAAAACUUGUUUUUCAUAGUUGAAUGUUACCAAAUGUUUCAAGUCAGUCAUAAUACUGUUACAUUUCGUUAGUUGUUUAUUACUUUUUAGUAGUUUUAUUUAUACAAUAGUAACUAUGAACUAAAUAUAUGCACUUAUACUUACGCUGC